AUGGCCAGACUCACUGCGUCGCUGCUCCUCCUGUCGCUGCCCACAGCAUGGGGACAGGACUUCCUGGCAGUGCGGAACGAGACUAAAUCGGCUGCUGGCUGUGGCAGCUACGGCUGCACAAACGGCUGCGGCAGCUGCUUCAAUGCUGGGAGCCGCCCCGGAGUCAUGUGCGCCGGCUCAGGCGGCCAACGUGGCUACCACUGCCCAGCCGAGCCCAAUGGCAACGGUGAUGCUACGUACGCCUGCCUUGACUGGACCUUCGGCAGUGCGGCGAUGCGGGCCGGGGAAGCCCAGUUUCGGCAGCAGACGGGCGAGGAGGUCUACUUCGGCGUUGGCACCUAUGGGACCACUACAGAUGCCCAGCGUGGGCUCGGAGCCUGCUACCGGCUCAAGGUCGAGGGUGUGGACAAAGACAUCAUUGCCCAGUCUGUCAACACAGGUUGGGACGUGGACGGUAAGCAGUUCGACCUGCAAAUGGCGGCAGGCGGCACUGGGGCGUUCAACAACUGCGCCGGCGGCUCGGGAAGCAUGUUUGCAGGAGGCAAAUCCGCCUGGGGCUGCAUGUAUGGCGGCGUGGACGCGCGAAGUGGCUGCAGGGCGCUGCCUUCUCGGCCGAACCAGGCAUCGGCAAUGGCCCACGCGGGAGACUCCCUGGUUCGAAUGUGCGAGUACAGCUUCGACAAGAAGGUCCGGGUUUCGGGCGCCGAUCUUCCUGCAGGACCCUGCAAAUACAACCCUACAAUGCUGGAUGUGGCGCGAGUGCGGUGCCCGGAGCAGCUUGUGUCGCUCACACAAAUGCAGCGGUCUGAUGAGCCUCAAGGCUACAGCUUCACCUCGACAUGGCGCGCGGCUGGCUUUCCCAAUGCCCAAGGUGCCAGUCGCUGCCGCUCCGAGGACUCGGGUGCGGGCCUGGCGUACUGCCUCACGCGGAUGAUGGACUGUAGGAAGCCGUCCGGCGCGUUCAUGACCAACGUCCAGGCCAAACUUAUGGUCCCGGGCCGGCGCGUUGCACAGACGUGCGCCCGCGAUGGCUACACGCGCAUCGACGUGUCCUGCGGAUGUGCGGGCUGCAUGUGCUAA